UUAAUUAAUAAUUACUAAAAUAAAAUCUGGUUUGAAAAGAAGCCGCUACUGAAACAGAAUUAACGGUUACACUGGUACAAUUUACAAUACAGAGAUAUCUAAAGAGAAAAACAUUUGAUUUCUAAUGGCAAUAUCUUCAACUGCUGAAUCUUGAAACAAACCUCAAAAUGGCUGCAACUCUACUUCUUCACUAUUUCAACGCACCUAGAAUUGUUUCACUCAACCAUUCCGAACCCCCCAAGACAAACCCUUUUGCUGUAACCCGACCAAGAUUCUCAAAACCAAAUCAACUCCAAACAACCCAUUCCAAAGCUUCAAACAUCUUAGCCGAACCCACCCAUUUCACACUCAUAGAUGCUCUUUGUUCCUUUAUUGAUUCCGGGUCCAUAGAAAAUGCACUCUACUUGUUUGAAGAAAUGAACCACUCGGACACCUUCACCUGGAAUAUCAUCAUUAAGGGUUUAGCCCAUAAAGGGUUGUUCAAGGAGGCAGUUAGUUAUUUCCGUAGGAUGGAAUUUGAAGGAGCUAGACCGGAUAAAUUUACUUACCCAUUUGUGCUCAAAGCCUGUGCUGGGUUAUUGUCUUUGAAGGAAGGGGAAAAAGUUCAUGCCAAAUUGAUUAAGGUUGGAUUAGACUUGGAUGUUUAUGUUUGCAACUCUCUCAUUUCUAUGUAUAUGAAAGUUGGGUGCGUUGAAUUGGGAGAGAAUGUGUUUAAGGAGAUGCCUGUGAGAGAUUUGGUUUCUUGGAAUUCUAUUAUUUCUGGCUACCAAUUUGUUGGUGAUGGUUUGAGUUCGUUGGUUUGCUUAAGGGAAAUGGUUUUGAUAGGAAUAAGGCCAGAUAAGUUCAGUUUUAUUAGUGGUCUUGGGGCUUGUUCUAUUGAGGGUUGUCAAAGAAAUGGGAAAGAGAUUCAUUGCCAGGUUAUUAAAAAUGGAUUUGAAAUGGAUUUUAUGGUUGAAACGUCGCUUAUAGAUAUGUACGGGAAGUGCGGUAAUGCGGUUUAUGCAGAGAGGGUGUUUGACAUGAUCGUUAACAAAAAUACUGUUGCUUGGAAUGCUAUGGUUGCUGGGUAUGUUUCUAAUGCUUGUUUCUCUGAGUCAUUCUCUUGUGUUAAAAAGAUGCAAGAGGUUGGUAAGUUGAGGCCAGAUGGUAUUACAAUGAUAAACUUACUUCCAGCUUGCGCACAAAUGGGAGCCCUCUUGAUGGGCAAGUCUAUUCAUGCUAGUGCAAUCAGAAAAGGGUUUCUCCCUCAUGUAGUGUUGGAGACUGCUCUGGUUGACUUUUAUGGAAGGUGUGGGACGUUGAAACUGGCUAAACAUGUCUUUACGCGAAUCAAUGAAAAGAACUUGGCGUCGUGGAAUGCAAUGAUUGCUGCUUAUGUACAGAAUGGACAGUACUCAGAAGCCUUGGAUAUGUUUCAAGACAUUUGGUACAAAUCUGUUAAACCUGAUGUGAUAACAUUUGCAAGUAUUUUACCAGCAUAUGCUGAAUUAACCUCCUUGAGUGAGGGUAGGCAAAUACAUGCUGUUAUUACAAAAUUGGGGCUUACUUCUUCUAAUACCAUCAUCUCAAAUACGAUUAUUUACUUGUAUGCCAAGUGUGGAGAUCUCCAGACUGCAAGGAGAUGCUUCGAUGGCAUGUUUUGUAAAGAUGUUGUGUCAUGGAACACAAUCAUUAUGGCUUAUGCCAUUCAUGGGUUUGGGAGAAUUUCCAUCCAGUUGUUCCAUGAAAUGAUAGAACAUGGUAUCAAGCCGAACAAGAGCACUUUCGUUUCUCUAUUAUCAUCUUGCAGCAUUUCUGGUAUGGUCGAUGAAGGGUGGGAAUACUUUAAUUCAAUGAAAAGAGAUUAUGGUAUUGACCCAGGAAUAGAACACUUCGGUUGUAUGCUGGAUCUUAUUGGUCGAACUGGGAAUCUUGAUCUAGCUAAGCGAUUUAUUGAAGAAAUGCCACUAGUACCAACUGCUCGGAUUUGGGGUUCUCUACUAGCUGCAAGUAGAAAGGCCAAUGACAUAGAAUUAGCAGAAGUUGCAGCCAAGCAUGCUUUAUCAUUGGAACAUGAUAACACAGGGUGUUACAUCUUGCUCUCUAACAUGUAUGCUGAAGCUGGGAGGUGGGAAGAUGUAGAGAAGAUCAAAACUCUUAUGAUUCAAGAAGGCCUAGCGAAAACAAUGGGAUGUAGUACAGUUGAGACAGACUAUAAAAUUCACAGGUUUGUUGAUCAAGACAGGUCAAAUGCUCAGAUGAGCAUGGUCAAUGAUGUGAUGGAUAUCAUAUCGAAAAUGACAGCAGACAAGGAAGAUGCUUAUGCUCAUCGUAUUACCAAGUUGAAAAGAACAGAUUUGACAAGAAAACGACCUAAUUUACCAGAGAAUCAUAGUGUGAGAUGGGCCAUCUCUUUCGGAUUGAUCUCAACAGAGUUGGGAUCUCCUGUUCUUGUUAGAAAAAACAUUAGAAUUUGCGAGGAUUGCCACAAUGUUGCAAAGAAGAUCUCAAAGAUUACUAAAAGAGAGAUUAUAGUAGGUGACUCCAAGGUGUUUCAUCACUUUCAAGAUGGAAACUGCUUCUGUGGAGAUUAUUGGUGAUAGCUGCUGUUCUACGCCAAUAUAGCCAUGAAAACUAUUGGAGAAUGGAGAUAUGGUUUUUCUGUAGGGUAUGAAGAGAUGUGAGGAGUAGUUUGGUAAAACACGAGGUUAAUGGGAUAAAAAGGUAUUCCAUGGAUUUAAACACAAAGGAGCACGGAAACGAGGUUUGUUUCGGGGUUCAAAUUUAGUGUUUGUAUUUAUGGGUGUUUUUGAACUCUCUGUAUCUCUAUGUUUAUAGUGGAUUUUUCUCUGUAGACAACCGGGGCGAGACCAUGCUCAAUAAUUUUCUCGUCUAUGUCUAUGUCUCGUGUUGAUUAGGUUUUACACUUACAAAUUCCAAACAGAAACAAUUAUUAAUAAAUAAAAUGUUGGUAUUUGAUAA